CAAACAAUGGCGAUUAAGGUUUCGAUGAACGGGCAUAAAUCCCGAUCAAAAGCCAUGAAGAUUGCAGUAGGUCUCCCUGGUGUGGAGUCGGCGGCUUUGAAAGGCGACGACAAGACCCAGAUUGAGGUGAAGGGAGAUGGAGUUGACGCAGCUCAGCUAACGAUGUUGCUGAGAAAGAAAGUGGGAUUUGCAGAGCUAGUGAGCGUGACGGCUGAGGGAGGAGAAAAGAAAGAGGAAAAGAAAGAAGAACCCAUGGUGCAGGCUCUGGUUUGGCCGUCUACAACGCCUUAUUGUGUCUAUGAGUUCCCACCGGCGAGCCAGUACCAUGACCCCUGCUCCAUCAUGUGAAAAAAAGAUUUAAGCAUAUAUAUAUAUAUAUAUAUUUUUUGAAUUUUUUGUUAUGGGACCGUUUUGAAACCCAUCCAGAAGAGGGGAGGGAUGCACUUAAUCAAUGAAAUUUGUCAUUGGACCACACCGAUCAAGUGCGAUUUAAGCAUAUAUGUUAGCAAUAAAGAUUGAAAAAUUAAUAUAUAGAAAUGUUCUUUUCAUAUAUACUAGUUUUCAAUACCCAGCAAAUUAAUUAUUUAAUUUUUG